GACUGGGCCUCCGUUUAGGCAGCGCUGACGUGACUCGACCUUCUGUCAUGCAGCGCUGACAUGACUCGACUUUCGUUCACGCAGCCUUGCCGUGACUCGACCUUCGUUCACGCAGCCUUGACGUGACUCGAUCUUCGUUCACGCAGCCUUGACGUGACUUGAUCUUCGUUUAUGCAGCCUUGACGUGAUUUGACCUUCGUUCAUGCAACCUUGACGUGACUCGACCUCCAUCCACGCAGCCUUGAUGUGACUCGACCUUUGUUCACGCUGCGCUGACAUGACUCGACCUUCUGUCACGCAGCCUAGACGUGACUCGACCUUCGUUUACACAGCCUUGACGUGACUCGACCUUCUGUCACGCAGUCUUGACGUGACUCGGCCUCCGUUUAGGCAGCGCUGACGUGACUCGACCUUCUGUCAUGCAGCGCUGACAUGACUCGACUUUUGUUCACGCAGCCUUGCCGUGACUCGACCUUCUGUCACGCAGCCUAGACGUGACUCGACCUUCGUUUACACAGCCUUGACGUGACUCGACCUUCGGUCACGCAGCCUUGACGUGACUUGAUCUUCGUUUAUGCAGCCUCGACGUGACUCGACCUUCGUUCAUGCAACCUUGACGUGACUCGACCUCCAUCCACGCAGCCUUGAUGUGACUCGACCUUUGUUCACGCUGCGCUGACGUGACUUGACCUUCGUUUACACAGCCUUGACGUGACUCAACUUUCGUUUACGCGGUUAACGGGACUCAACCUCUGUUUAGGCAGCGCUGACGUGACUUGACCUUCUGUCAUUCAGCGCUGACGUGACUGGACUUUUAAUCACGCAGCCUUGACGUGACUGGACCUCCUGUCAGGCAGCGCUGACAUGACUCGACCUUCUGUCACGCAGCCUUGACGUGACUCGACCUACUGUCACAGAGUCUUCAUGUAACUCGAUCUUCUGUCACAGAGUUUUAAUGUGACUCGACCUCCUGUCAGGCAUCACUGACAGGACUUCACCUUCUGUCACGCAGCGCUGACAUGACUCGACUUUCGUUCACGCAGCCUUGCCGUGACUCGACCUUCGUUCACGCAGCCUUGACGUGACUCGACCUUCGUUCACGCAGCCUUGACGUGCCUUGAUCUUCGUUCAUGCAGCCUUGACGUGACUCAACCUUCGUUCACGCAACCUUGACGUGACUCGACCUUCGUUUACGCAGCCUUGACAUGACUAGACCUCCAUCCACGCAGCCUUGACGUGACUAGACCUUUGUUCAGACUGCGCUGACGUGACUUGACCCUCUGUCAUGCAGCCUUGAUGUGACUCGACCUUUGUUCACGCUGCGCUGACAUGGCUCGACCUUCUGUCACGCAGCGCUGACAUGACUCGACUUUCGUUCACGCAACCUUGCCGUGACUCGACCUUCGUUCACGCAGCCUUGACGUGACUCGACCUUCGUUCACGCAGCCUUGACGUGACUCGACCUUUGUUCACGCAACCUUGACGUGACUCGACCUUUGUUCACGCUGUGCUGACGUGACUCGACCUUCUGUCACGCAGCCUAGACGUGACUCGACCUUCUCUCAUGCAGCCUUGACGUGACUGGACCUUUGUUCACACAGCCUUGACGUGACUCGACCUUCAUUUACGCAGCCUUGACGUGACUCAACCUUCUGUCACAGAGUCUUGAUGUAACUCGAUCUUCUGUCACAGAGUUUUGAUGUGACUCGACCUCCUGUCAGGCAUCACUGACGUGACUUGACCUUCUGUCACGCAGCGCUGACAUGACUCGACUUUCGUUCACGCAGCCUUGACGUGACUCGACCUUCGUUCACGCAGCCUUGACAUGACUAGACCUCCAUCCACGCAGCCUUGACGUGACUCGACCUUCGUUCACGCAGCCUUGACGUGACUCGACCUUCGUUCACGCAGCCUUGACGUGACUCGACCUUUGUUCACGCUGUGCUGACGUGACUCGACCUUCUGUCACGCAGCGCUGACAUGACUCGACUUUCGUUCACGCAACCUUGCCGUGACUCGACCUUCGUUCACGCAGCCUUGACGUGACUCGACCUUCGUUCACGCAGCCUUGACGUGACUCGACCUUUGUUCACGCUGUGCUGACGUGACUCGACCUUCUGUCACGCAGCCUAGACGUGACUCGACCUUCUGUCAUGCAGCCUUGACGUGACUCGACCUUCAUUUACGCAGCCUUGACGUGACUCAACCUUCGUUCACGCGGUUGACGGGACUCAACCUCCGUUUAGGCAGCGCUGACGUGACUUUACCUUCUGUCAUUCAGCGCUGACGUGACUGGACUUUUAAUCACGCAGCCUUGACGUGACUGGACCUCCUGUCAGGCAGCGCUGACAUGACUUGACCUUGGUUCACGCAGCUUUGACGUGAUUGAACCUUUGUUCACGCAGUGCUGACAUGACCCAACCUUCGUUCACGCAGUGCUGACAUGACUUGAUCUUCGUUCAUGCAGUGCUGACAUGACUUGACCUUUGUUCACGCAGCCUUGAUGUGACUUGACCUUCUGUGUUGCUUUCAAACUAUUAACUACUGGAAGUACACAUUAUUGUUUUUGCUCUUCAUAACCUUCUAUGUAGGACUGUAGUUGUGAUGCUUCUGCUUAUGGACUGAUUGUUUCUGUCGAGUCAACCAUAAGGACUACCUGGAAGCAAACAUGCUUUAAUGUUGCCUCAGUACAACAACAGUCGCUUGUCUAGACAGAAAGCUCAGCUCAUGUUCACCUCUCGGUGCUCUCCUUCUUCCUGGAGUCUGCUGAAGGCUGAUUUCUUUUGUUGCUCCUGGUGAUGGUGAUUGUAGAUGCAGUAUUCUAUACUGCAGCUGUGUUGUGCUGUGCUACUAAUUGACUCUGUGACACAGGAGUAAGCAGUAGCAGCUCAACCUCGGUUACCUUAAUCCUGCACCAACUGUGGGCAUUGAGUAACUUUGAGUAACCAAAUAAUUUCAAUGUGUAUAGUUUUUCUUGUUGAUCGAUGGUCAUUAUGGUUCCAAACCAGAUCUAACUUUUCAAACAGGUAGACAGAGAUUUGCCAUUGUGGUCACACAGAACACUCUGUGUGAACUAAUACAUGAUCCACUUGUGUUUCUUUGAAGAGCAGAGGACACUGCUACCCUAGAUGCUGUGGGAGUCUCUCAUAGAACUGCUCCAAGUUUCCACACAAUAGACCGUAUUGAUUCGACACGUACCUAGCACAGGUUCACUGGAGCUGUGUGCUUCAAGUGGUCUCAGAAUUUCUCUGAAACAGCAGAACAAGUGAUACAGUAUGUCCUUGUUGAAGCCUUGCAUUCUGUGCACGGAACCUGCCCCAGGAUUACGUGGAGGGAUGCUGGUCUGUUAAGACUCAGUGAUUAGGUUAUUUCACACCACAUGUGGAUUAAACCUGGACUGACUUUGUUCAUGUUCAUCCCUCCAUGUAAGUUAAUGAUGGCAAACUGUGCUGGUUCAGAGCAAGCAUCACUGACGCUACCACCACCAGGGUUUUGAAAUGUUUUUGUUAGACACACUGGAUGAAGAACAAGAUGAACUGUGUGGGUUGACCUAGAAACACGAUUUCUUAAAGUUCACUCUGAACCACCUUCACAUAUGCAGCUUCCACAAAAAAUCUUAUUCAUGUUAGCAGAUCAUCACCAGCUCAUAACCCUUUAUAUUAUUUUAUAAGAUGCAUUCUUGUAGUUAUCAGUAUCAGCGAGUACAUAACCAUCACAGCAAUAACUAGCAGAAAUGAUAAUAAUGUCCCAUCUGGGACAAUAAUGCCAUGUAAGGCUUGUUGACUGCUGGAGACUGUGUGUGUUAGAAACACUGUUUGAGCAUGCAGCAGUGGGAGGUGAGGCAUCAAACAUGGUUUGUCUUUGUAUCUGAUACUUUUCCUCCAUUAGAGUCACUGAGCAGAACCUACUGUACCACCAGGCCGUGGUUAAGUAUUGUCUUGUACCAUCUACAUAGGUUAUAGUCUCCUGCUUACUGACAGCAUGAGACCCACGUCAUUAGUUGAAGCUUUCAUGUUUGUGUCCUGUGACAGAGGAUCAGCUCUUUUUCUAUCUUGUAUAUUUUGCAACACAUGGAGGAGCAGUGCGUUCCCAUCAGGGGCUGAAAAGAGCCUUUGUUUAGCCCUGAACACCUGGACAGUUAAGACUCUCUCGCCCUCCCUUUCUCUCUUGCUCUCUAUCAUUCCUUCUUUUCCUAUCUGAAUUGUUCUCUCCACUGUCUGUGUGUGUGUCCAACUGCAACAAUGAAAUCACGGACAAAUGUGGGAUUGUGCUUUAAGGGAAAGCAGCAUCAGUCCAGGGGUCAUGUUAGAGUUUAGCUCUGUAAAGAUCUUACUACUAUCCAAGCCUGGUGUCAAAGCUGUGGUUCAUCUGGGUCACUUCUUAGGAGCAUACUGAAUAAACACCUUGACUCAGGUUGUUGUCACUAGAAUAUUUCAUUAUUAUCUCAUUGACCUAAUCUGUUGACCUAAUCUCUGGAGUUUCCUACUUAUUUGCAUGAGUCCUGGCCCAUAUUUUGCAUUUCAUGUUAUUUCCCUGACCUAUCUUGCAAAGGCCUCUUCUGUGGCUGUGCAACGCCACCCGAGCCCUCCACAGACAUCCUAUCCUCCCUCCCACUCGUUUUCUCUCUGGCCCUUUUCUCUUUCAUUCGGUCCCUUUGAGUCUCUCUCAUUAUGAAGUGUUAGAAACUUGCUGAAGUGGGAAAUGAGCUUGUGAACGCUCUUUGUCCUAAUUAAACUUUGACAUCAAGAGUGACAAGAAGCAACGAAGGGGAAACAAUAGCAGAUUUUGUGCAGGUGCAGUCUGGAGCAAGCAACAAGCUUUGUCCUCAAGAACAAAACAUUUGUUUCCAUGUGUUCUGCUUUGUUCAACUUCACCAGGUCCAGGUGCAAAACAGAACUUUGCAAUAAGAGCAGGCUGCACAUGUACUGUAGACAGCUUCUAGUGCCAUGUGACAGGUGUCAUCUUAUGACAGGUGGUUACAGGAACACAACAUCCUCCAUAUAUCCAUCUUAAACAAGGCAGUUUCUCAGAAGAACAAUAGCUUUUAAAGGUGAAGAUUCCAUUCAGAUACGAGCCCUUGAUUUUUGAUCGGGGUGGAGCCCGGCAGUCCUCAGCUGCUGGAGGGAGAGAGGGAGGCAGGAACUCCACAUUCUCACAUAAAGCAAGUGGAUGGGCUGACAGCCGACCCCACCAGUGAGCCACAAUGGCACAGAACGGAGUAGCCGGAGGUUUGCCUUCUCCUCAGCCUGUAAAGAUCCAGGAGAUCAAAUGCACCAAGAUCUUUUUUAACAAUGAGUGGCACACAUCCAGCACAGGGAAGACAUUUCCAACGUUCAACCCAGCCACAGGUUCAAAGAUCUGUGAUGUGGAGGAAGCAGACCAAGAGGACGUGGACAAGGCAGUGCAGGCGGCCAAAGUGGCCAAGCAGCGAGGUUCUCCAUGGCAGAGGAUGGAGUCAUCCGGCCGCGGGCGGCUGCUGUACAGGCUGGCUGACCUGAUGGAGAGAGACCGGCUCCUGCUGGCGACUCUGGAGACUCUGGACACAGGGAAGCCCUUUCUGCAGUCUUUCUUCAUCGACCUUGAGGGCAGCAUCAAAACCCUACGUUACUAUGCAGGCUGGGCAGACAAGGUUCAAGGCAGGAGUCUAGCUAUAGAUGAGACCUUUGUGUGUUUGACUAAACACAAUCCUGUUGGAGUAUGUGGAGCCAUCAUUCCUUGGAACUUCCCCCUCCUGAUGCUCACUUGGAAGCUGGCACCAGCCUUGAGCUGUGGGAACACAGUGGUCAUCAAACCAGCUGAGCAGACCCCCCUCACAGCUCUUCACCUGGGAUCCCUCAUCAUAGAGGCAGGUUUGCCUCCUGGAGUUGUGAACAUUGUCCCAGGGUUUGGUCCCACGGCAGGAGCAGCCAUUGCCAGCCACAGGGAUGUGGACAAGGUGGCCUUUACUGGCUCUACAGAGGUAGGCCAGCUGAUCAAAGAAGCGGCAGCCAGAAGUAACCUGAAGAGAGUAACUUUGGAACUGGGUGGGAAGAACCCCUGCAUCGUGUUCGCAGACUGUGACUUGCAGCUGGCUGUCAAAGAAACCCAACACGGAGCUUUCUACAACCAGGGUCAGUGCUGCACCGCAGCAUCACGUGUCUACGUGGAGGAAAGCAUUUAUGAAGAGUUUGUGCACUGCAGCAUCGAAAGUGCCAAGAAGAUAGUCAUAGGAGACCCGCUGGAUCCCCAGACAUCACACGGGCCACAGAUUGACCAUCAGCAAUUUGACAAAAUCAUGAGCUUCAUAGAAAGUGGGAAGCAAGAAGGAGCCAAACUGGAGUAUGGUGGAGCAGCUGUUGGCGAGAGGGGCCUCUUUAUUCAACCCACCAUCUUCUCCGGAGUCAAAGACCAUAUGCGCAUUGCGAAGGAAGAGAUAUUUGGUCCAGUGCAGUGUAUACUCAGCUUCAAGAGUCAGGAGGAGGCCAUUGAGAGAGCAAACUGCUCAGAGUACGGCCUGGUGUCAGCUGUCUUUACCACAAGCCUGGACAAAGCGCUGUCUGUGUCUGCUUCCCUCGAGACCGGCACCGUGUGGAUUAACUGCUAUAAUGCUCUUCAUGCUCAGGCACCCUUUGGAGGGUACAAGAUGUCUGGUAAUGGAAGAGAACUUGGAGAGUAUGCGCUGGCUGAGUACUCAGAAGUGAAGGCAGUGACUAUUAAACUGAGCCAAACCCUGUGAUGAGAACUGAGAGGAGCCACUUUUCUGUACUUCCUUUCAUGUGACGCCAUGACACAAUAUUCUUUACCCACGUAAUAUCUCUGUUUUCAUGCUCAUGACCAGGAUCGCUUGAUCUCAAUCUGUCCAGUAAAGACUAGCCACUUAAAUAGUUUCACUCGUAGCCAGAGUAUUUAUAUGUUAGAUUUAAGUUAAUGCCUCUGGCUUUUACAAAUGAGCCCAGCUCACA